AUGUAUAUCGAAUUGAAUUGUCCGUCAAGUCUCCGAAAACAAUUGGCGAAACUGUUUGGGGAAUCGUUAAAAUCAACUUUUCCCGGUGAAUCUGAUGUUUUGCCUAUGAUUGAUGCAUGCGUUGCGAAAAAUGGUGUAAAAUUUGCUGAUUAUCAAUGUAAUAAUGCAAUGAGUCUGUGGGCUAAGGUUAAAGGGAAGCAGACCGAUUUCAAGAAUCCUCGUUCGGUUGGAGAGGGUAUUGUGAAAAAUCUCCCUCCAUCAGAAAUGGUAGAAUCAUGCUCUGUUGCUGGUCCUGGGUUUGUGAACAUUGUCUUAUCAAAGAAGUGGAUAGCACAGAGCAUACAGAGGAUGCUUACCGAUGGUAUUGAUUCUUGGGCACCUCGACUUCCUGUCAAGAGGGUUUUGAUUGACUUUUCCUCUCCAAACAUUGCAAAAGAAAUGCAUGUUGGUCACCUGAGGUCAACUAUUAUUGGAGACACAUUGGCUCGGAUGCUUGAAUUUUGCCAGGCAGAUUCUCUUAUUCGACGAAAUCAUAUCGGUGAUUGGGGUACUCAGUUUGGGAUGCUGAUUGCAUACCUCUUUGAGAAAUAUCCGAACCCAGAAGAUGUUAAUGAAUCAGCUAUUGGAGAUCUACAGGCAUUCUAUAAGGCCUCAAAAUUGAAGUUUGAUAGUGAUCCUGAUUUUAAGCUCACUGCACAGCAGAAUGUGGUCAAGCUCCAGAGCGGGGAUCCCAAGUAUCGUGCGGCAUGGCAGCAAAUUUGUGAUAUUAGUAGGACUGAGUUUAACAAGGUUUAUAAACGACUUGGAAUUCAUUUAGAGGAAAUGCCAGAGAGCUUCUAUAAUCCAUUAAUCCUUCCAACUUUGGAGAAACUGGAGAAAUUAGGACUAGUUGAAGACAGUGAAGGUGCUCGUGUGAUAUUUGUUGAAGGUGUAGACAUACCAAUAAUUGUUGUGAAAAGAGAUGGUGGCUACAACUACUCUUCAACUGAUCUAACAUCAAUUUGGUACCGUCUGAAUGUUGAAAAUAUUGAAUGGAAUAUAUAUGUUACAGAUGUUGGACAGUGGCAACAUUUUGACAUGCUGUUUAAGGCUUACAGGCGUGCGGGGUGGCUCCCAAAGGAUGAAAAUGAAUAUCCAAAAUGCACUCAUGUAGGUUUUGGUCUUGUUCUUGGUGAUGAUGGAAAACGGUUCCGGAGUCGCAGCAGCGAGACAGUUCGAUUGGUUGAUUUACUUGAUGAAGCUAAAAGGCGCUGUAAAGCUUCCCUUCUUGAACGUGACAAUGCUAAAGAUUGGACAGAGGAAGAGAUUGAGAAAACAUCAGAGGCAAUAGGAUAUGGAGCUGUUAAGUAUGCUGACUUGAAGAUCAAUAGAUUAACAAACUACACUUUCAAUUUUGAUCAGAUGCUUAAUGAUAAGGGAAAUACGGCUGUUUAUUUGCAGUAUGCACAUGCCAGGAUAUGUUCCAUCAUCAGGAAAUCUGGUAAAAACAUUGAAGAACUAAAGAGGAAUGGGAAUUUGGUGUUGGAUCAUGAAGAUGAGCGUACAUUGGCUCUUCACUUACUACAAUUUACUGAGGUUUUUGUGGAGUCUUGCUCGAAUUUACUACCAAAUGUGUUAUGUGAAUACCUAUAUAAUUUGGCUGAAAUCUUCACAAAGAAAUUUUAUUCUAAUUGUCUGGUUGUGGGGUCUCCCGAGGAAACUAGUAGACUCUUGUUAUGUGAAGCCACACUUGUUGUGAUGAGAAAAUGCUUCUAUCUCCUUGGAAUUGAACCAGUUUACAAGUUAUGA